CUGCCACGUUAUACUCCGAGAAAUCACAAGUUCUACAUUUUUUGGGGGGUUUAACGUAGAGAGUGUAGAGGUGUUGUUUUUGUUCUCCAACAAUGGUUUCCUUCACAACGUGGUGUCGCUACCUUCAAUCCAAAGCUCAAUACACCAUCGAUCUCGGCUACAAGAAUCAUAAAGGUGGUCAUGUGAAAGAUAAUGAGCUAAUGGAUUUUAUUUUCAAGCAUUUCACUAAUGGAAAGAUGACCUUUUUGCAUUGGACUAAAGGAGAGGAGAUGGCCCCUACUAUUGAUGCCAAAGGAGCUACUCUUCUUGUUCGCAGAUUACCGAUUCCGGACCAAAAACGUGUUUAUGUAGGAGAUGUUGUGGUCUUGAAGAACCCUGAAAAGCCCGAUGACUAUCUAGUCAGAAGAUUAGCUGCGACUGAAGGUUAUGAAAUGGCUUCUACUGAUGAAAAGGACGAAUCGUUUGUUCUUGAAAAGGAUCAGUGUUGGGUAGUGGCUGAAAAUGAGAAAUUGAAAGCCAAGGAAGCAAUUGACAGUCGAACAUUUGGUCCAAUUCACAUGACCAACAUCGUAGGCAGAGUCCUAUACUGUCUGCGUAAUGCUGUAGACCACGGCCGUGUUCAGAACAGUCCUUUCAGCAUGCAAAAGGAUUCACCAGUGUUGGAAAUGGAACUUGAUGUUGAUGAGAUGGUAAAAAGUCACAAAGCCUAAACUUUAGUUCAGAGAAGCACUAACUUCUUGAAUUUAUCAAUCCUUUUGUUUCUUCUUGUGGAUUUUACUUGAAGCAAGGAUGAAGAAUAAAUAUAUGAUUUUUAAAUUGUUGCUAUGGGAUGGUUACAUAACUCUGCAUAUUAGACAAUUUAUUGAAUCUUUUCCCAACCAGAAAAUCUGAAGCGGCCUGUGUUACAGAUUUAGUUCAACAUUGUGUUGUAAGCUGAGGUUCUGGCAAAUGACUCCUCUGUUUCCUUUUCUGUUUGUAUGUCAUUUGGUUCUAAAUUUUGUUGACCAAUUUUUAGUCAUUUUUUAUGGUUGAUGAUGAUAAAAUUCUACAUUGUGAGAAAACAUGUUUCCAGCUUAUUUUCCUUUCUUAUCUGCUUAAUGACAGGAAGGUGUAAAGUCCUAGUGCCACUUUUUUUUUU